CAUACAUAUGUAUGUAGACGGUAAAAGCAACACACUUUGUGUUAGUAUAUUUAUACCCGUUAAUUUUUAAGUAAAGGGUAAAAUGUUAUCGUUAAAAAGCAUGUAAGAUGUAAGAGUAAGAGCUUCCGAUCCUAUAAUAUACACAUUCUUUAAAAGGAUCACCAGACGAGAGGCUAUGUCCGACUGCAUUUUAUGCAGACCCUUUUAAAAUCAUGUUUGUUUUAAAACGUUGCCAACAACUAAAGUGUAAAACGAUAAAGGUUUUUAAGCAAACUGUAUUAUAUAUUGCUUAUCGUUUAGAAAGUGCCAAAACAUUUUUUAAACUGAUAUUCAUUGUAAAUUUUAGGAUAUUACUUUAAAAACAUCUAAUGAUUGAUUGGUUAUACUGAUUAAAAAACAAAGAAACAGGUUUUAAUAAACAAAACUCUAUGCACUUAUUCGUUACUGAUUGCUGUAUUUAAUAAUAAGCCUUAAGAUUUUAUAAAAAUAUUGUUGCUCACAACACGCAUAAUAAGGAUAAGUUCAUCGAACACCAAAACAAAACUAAUUUUUUUUUAUUAAAAGGCGAUGAAAAUUUCAGCAACAACAGUGGAAUAAUUCCCAAAUGUUUUGAUCACAUAUUUGAAACAAUAUCAAUGGCAACAAAUGUCAGAUAUUUGGUAUUAGUAACGUAUUUGGAAAUUUACAACGAAUGUAUUCGAGACUUACUUAAUAAACAUGAAAAUACGAGUUUGAUAAAUCAUUCCCUUAAAGAAAUACCAGGUAUUGGUGUUUCAGUUCCAACGCUUACUACACAACCUGUCGUCAAUGCAAACCAAUGUUACGAUUGGCUACAUUUUGGAAAUAAAAAUCGUGUUACUGCAUCUACAUUAAUGAAUAAGCAUAGCUCACGAUCCCACACUAUAUUUACUAUCACUUUGGAACAAUCUCCAUUUUUUAAUAGUAUGGCAUCGGAGGAUGAAUUUGGAGGAAUGCGUAGAGGGAAACUUAGCUUAGUAGACCUAGCAGGAUCCGAGAGGCAGCAUAAGACUGGUGCUCAAGGAGACCGACUUAAGGAAGCGUCUAAAAUAAACUUAUCACUUUCUGCAUUAGGAAAUGUUAUUUCAUCGUUGGUUGAUGGUAAAGCCAAGCAUGUACCGUUUAGAGACUCAAAACUCACACGCCUGCUCCAGGAUUCCUUGGGAGGGAAUACAAAAACUCUUAUGAUAUCUUGUAUAUCACCAAUAGACAUAAAUUAUAAUGAAACCAUAUCUACCCUUCGGUAUGCAAGUAGAGCAAAGAAUAUUUCAAAUAAACCUACAAUUAAUGAAGAUCCAAAGGAUGCAAGACUUCGGCAGUACCAAAAUGAAAUACUAUAUUUGAAAAAAAUGCUUGAAGAGAGUCAACAAACCCAUUAUAAAAAUAGUGAUACAAUUAAAAAAAAUGAAUCACCACUAAAAAUUCUACAAUUUACAAAUUUGAAUUCAACAAAAAAUGUUCAAAAAUUCGAAUCCGGCCAAGAUUGUAGCGUAUUCUUUAAAACAAAUUACUCAACAUCAACAAAACCACAAUUCCCCUCUAUUCAAUCGGAAGAAGAGAUACAACUGCAAGCACGUAGUCGCAUCGAUCUAAUAAAGCGCACAUUAAUUGGCGGUGAACGUAUAGAUGAUUUUAAGCUUAAGGAACAGCACAAGGCCCGAAAAUAUGCAGCCCAACGCCACUUGAGUGCAAUAGCUAUUGCCUUAAGUAGAGUCAAAUGUGAAGAUCGCGACCUUUUGCAGGGGCAUUAUGCCACUGUUACACAAGAAAUUAAUAUAAAAAAUGAGUAUAUUAAAAAAUGCAAAGAAAAAAUUAAAAUGCUUGAAAUGGAAGUUUCCGAUUUAAAUUCAGAGUUCCAGCUUGAUAGAGAGGAUUAUUUGGAGGAAAUUCGCAAUCUUGGACGUCAAGUAAAGUUUCACCAACAACUUCUUUAUAAAUUUCCUUCAAAUCUCCGAAAAUUUGACCUGAAUUGGACUUCAGAUACUAUUUUGCUAAAUUCUACAUGGAAUGAUGAUCUUAAAAUGUGGAUAAUCCCAAAGUCCGAUUCAAUAAAACUACCUCCGGCUACACAAAAAACAGGAAAUCACUGUAUUCAUACUUCAGUGACCAAUAGUAAUAAAUGUAUUCAUGUAAAUCAGCACGGCAACCAAAAGGAAAUUGUAGUUGGAGAAAAAGAGGAAACCUCAAACAUCUCUAAGGAAAAAUACAACACAAUUGUACAAAAGAAUUACUUUCAUACAAGCCGUCAUAAAAAUAGAAAUUUUGGAGACAUCAGAAACUCAUUACAUCUGUUGAAGUAAAUAAUACAACAGGCAGUGAAUAGAAGUCGCAUCUAUUUAAUUAGAGGCUUUAUUUAUGUUAUAAUUUUGUCGCAAUAAAAGAACACACAAAUUCUGUAACACAAUGCAUGAGGGCCGCUCAACUAAAUAGAUCUGAAAAACCUA